AUGACCACUUUACUAUUAGUGUUUGUGUGUUUGCAAGUCAUCACCGCAGCCGACUCUGUGGAGCUCUCAGACGGUAGUGAUGGCCUGGAAGUCAAGAUACCUGAGCAGUCUCCCCUGCGUGUUAUCCUGGGAAGCUCCCUGAACAUCCCGUGCUACUUCAACAUCCCRGAGGAGCAGGACACCAGCCUCAUGCUGACCCCACGGAUCAAAUGGAGCAAGCUCUCCAACGGCACCGAGGUGGUCCUGCUGGUGGCCACGGGCGGGAAGAUCCGGCUCAACGGCGACUACAGGGAGGUGAUCUCCUUGCCCAACUACCCCGCCAUCCCCACGGACGCCACGCUGGAGAUCAAGGCGCUGAGAUCCAACCACACCGGCAUUUACCGCUGUGAAGUGAUGUACGGCAUCGAGGACAGAMAAGACACCAUAGAGGUCCUAGUGAAAGGCAUCGUAUUCCACUACAGAGCAAUCUCCACAAGGUACACCCUGAACUUCGAGAAGGCAAAGCAGGCCUGUAUCCAGAACAGUGCUGUCAUUGCUACCCCYGAGCAGCUGCAGGCUGCCUACGAGGAUGGGUACGAGCAGUGUGAUGCUGGCUGGCUGGCUGAUCAGACUGUCAGGUACCCCAUCCACUGGCCCCGGGAGCGCUGCUAUGGCGACAAGGAUGAAUUCCCAGGAGUGAGGACCUACGGUGUCCGUGAGCCAGAUGAAACCUACGAUGUUUACUGCUAUGCAGAGCAAAUGCAAGGCAAAGUCUUCUACGCCACUGACCCGGAGAAGUUCACCUUCCAAGAAGCUUUUGACAAGUGCCGCAGCCUGGGAGCGCGUUUGGCCACCACWGGGGAGCUGUACCUGGCCUGGAAGGACGGCAUGGACAUGUGCAGCGCGGGCUGGCUGGCCGACCGCAGCGUGCGCUACCCCAUCUCCAGAGCACGGCCCAACUGCGGGGGCAACCUGGUGGGGGUCAGGACGGUGUACCUGUACAUCAACCAGACCGGGUACCCCCACCCCGACUCCCGCUACGACGCCAUCUGCUACAGCGAGGAUGGCACUGAGAGCCUGGUGCCAGGGCAGUACAUCGACGAGCUGGGGAGCGAGCUGGGCAGCGCUUUCACCGUCCAGACCGUCACCCAGACCGAGGUGGAGCUGCCCCUGUCCCGCAAUGCCACGGAGGAGGAGGUCCGCGGCAGCAUCGCCACCCUGGAGCCCAUGGAGAUCACCCCCACGGCCACCGGGCUGGACCAGAGCUUCACUGCCCUGCCCGACCUCUUCAGCACCGCUGGCACAGCAGAGACAGCAGCCACAGAGGAGGAAAAUGCCACCAGGGAGGAUGUGACAGCGCCGUGGACUGUGCCUCAAGAGGCCACCACCACAGACCUAGGCACUGCCAUCACCACCAUCGCCCUGGGCACUGCUGUCACUGCUGGAACAGCGGAGGUGAGCUCGSUGGAAGAGGUCCUGACUGCCACAGCAGGACCGGAGUCUGCCUCGGCGUUCACGGUGGAAGAUCAGCUUGUGCGAGUGACAGCUGCCCCUCCUGCCGGUCACCUCCCCGAGCAGCCCAUCUCCCCCACAGGUGUGGUGUUUCACUACCGUGCAGCCAGCAGCAGAUAUGCCUUCACCUUUGUCCAGGCGCAGCAGGCCUGCCUGGAGAACAGCGCUGUCAUCGCCACCCCCCAGCAGCUGCAGGCUGCCUACGAGGCUGGCUUCGACCAGUGUGAUGCUGGCUGGCUGCGGGACCAGACAGUCAGGUAUCCCAUUGUGAAUCCCCGAAAUAACUGCGUGGGAGACAAGGAGAACACUCCGGGCGUGCGGUCGUAUGGCAUGCGCCCGGCCUCRGAGACCUAUGAUGUGUACUGCUACAUCGACAGGCUCAAGGGCGAYGUGUUCUUCGCCACCCAGCCGGAGCAGUUCACGUUCCCCGAAGCCCAGCGGUACUGCGAGAGCCAGAACGCCACGCUGGCCUCGGUGGGCCAGCUGCACGCCGCCUGGAAGCAGGGUCUGGACCGGUGCUACGCGGGCUGGCUGGCSGACGGCAGCCUGCGCUACCCCAUCGUCAGCCCCCGGCCCGCGUGCGGCGGGGAUGCGCCGGGCGUCAGGACCUUGUACCAGCACCACAACCAGACCGGCUUCCCCGAGCCGCUGUCCCGGCACCACGCCUUCUGCUUCAGGGCUCUGCCUGCCGUGGAGGAGGAGGGGGUCACCCCGUUCUCUGAGGAUGUGCUGGCAACACAAGUGAUCCCUGGAGUGGAAGGGGUGCCCUCUGGAGAGGAGGUGACAGUGGACACAGAGUCUGCCACUCAGCCUGAGAAUCAGACAGCCUGGGGGACAGAGGUCUUUCCAACCGAUGUGUCGCUGCUCUCAGUGAGUCCAUCUGCUUUUCCUCCAGCUACCAUAAUUCCAGAGGAAGCGUGUACCAAUGCUUCCAUCAGCGAAGUGCCAGGGGAGGUGACUAAAUCUGGAGAGCAUCAAGUCAGUGGUGAAUCUUCAACAUCUGGGUGGGUAUCUGGAGUCCCAGAUACCAGCGGAGAAGCAACUUCUGGAGUUUUUGAACUUAGUGGAGAGCACUCAGGGAUUGGAGAGAGCGGAUUGCCAUCGGUAGACCUGCACGCCAGWGGCUUCCCACCUGGAGAAAGUGGGCUGCCCUCAGGAGACCUGAGUGGUGUUGAUACCAGCGGCCUGCCUUCUGCAGAGGAGGAGAUAUCGGUGUCUGUUUCGAGGGUACCAGAAAUCAGUGGGAUGCCCCCUCAAGUGGAGAGCAGCGGGCUGCCUUUCGGAGCGAGCGGAGAAAUCUCUGGCACUGAGCUGGUCAGUGGCGUAGCAUCUGGAGAGGAAAGCGGGCUCUCCUCUGGUUUUCCRACCGUCUCCCUCGUGGAUACCACACUGGUGGAAGUUGUGACAACAGUGCCACAAUGGCGAGAGGAGGGAAUAGGGUCCAUCGGGGUCAGCGGUGAGGGCGACCUGUCCGGGUUCCCAUCCUCUGAGUGGGACAGCAGCGGGGGAAUCCAAGGCUUGCCCUCGGGAGCUGAGYCCAGCGGGGAGCACUCUGGGGUGCCCGAGCUCAGCGGGCUGCCCUCGGGARGCUCUGAGCUUAGCGGGUUCUCCAGCGGAGAAACCUCUGGAGCACAUGAGACCAGUGGYCUGCUGGACCUUAGUGGCCUUUCCUCAGGUAUUGAUGGAAGCAGCGAGGCCUCYGGCAUCACCUUUGUGGAUUCCACUUUGGAGGAAGUGACAACAACCCCCCCAACCACAGGAGCAGAAGCAAAAGAGACUUUGGAAAUCAGUGGAUUGCCUUCGGGAGGUGAAGACGCAUCAGGCAUGGUGUCUGGGAGUUUGGACAUCAGUGGUGAGACUUCUGGGCAUGUAGACUUUGGUGGGAGUGUUUCUGGAGUGCUGGAGAUGAGUGGAUAUCCCAGUGGAGUGACCGACAGCAGYGGAGACGGCUCUGCAGUUGAUGUCACCAGUGGUCUGCUGUCUGGAGAGGAAAGUGGACUCACCUCUGGCUUUCCCACCGUCUCUCUUGUGGAUACCACUCUGGUGGAAGUUGUAACACMGACGUCAGUGGCACAAGAAGUGGGAGAAGGACCAUCUGGGAUGAUAGAAAUCAGCGGAUUUACUUCUGGAGACAGAGGACUAUCUGGAGAAGGGUCUGGAGCUGUGGAGACUAGUGGGUUUUCUUCAGGGGCAGGAGACCUGAGUGGAGAGCCCUCUGGAAUCCCAUACAUCAGUGGAGACUUUUCUGGAGCCACAGAUCUGAGUGGACAGUCUUCAGCAGUGACUGAUAUUAGCGGGGACRUCUCAGGGCUUCCAGAAGUCACUUUAGUCACUUCUGAUUUACUAGAAGUGGUGACAAGACCAACGGUAUCACAGGAACUGGGUGGGAAAACCGUCACAUUUCCCUACAGUUUGGGGCCAAGUGGUGAAGCCUCUGCAUCUGGUGAGCUAAGUGGGGAAACAUCUGCACUGCCAGAAGGUGCUCUAGAAACGUCAACAGCUUAUGAAAUCAGCGGUGAAACRUCUGCAUUUCCAGAAACUGGUACAGAAACAUCCACGAUUCAUGAAAUCAGCGGGGAGACAUCUGCAUUUCCCGAAUUUAACACAGAAACAUCAACAAUUCAAGAAAUCAGUGGGGAAACCUCUGCAUUUCCUGAAGUUUUCACAAAAGCAUCAACAGGUCAAGAAGGAAGUGGGGAAACCUCUGCAUUUCCUGAAAGUAGCACAGAAACGUCCACAAUACAGGACAUCAGUGGGGAAACAUCUGCAUUUCCUGAAAUUAGAAUAGAAACAUCCACGAGUCAAGACAUCAGUGGGGAAACAUCUGCAUUUCCUGAAAUUAGAAUAGAAACAUCCACAAGUCAAGACAUCAGUGGGGAAACGUCUGCAUUUCCUGAAAUUAGAAUAGAAACUUUCACAAGUCAAGAGGCCAGGGGUGAAAUAUCUGGCUAUCCUGAAAUCACCAUAGAAACUUCGACGGUCCAYGAAACCAGUGGAGAAACAUCUGCCUUUCCUGAAAUCAGCAUAGAAGCUUCCACAGUGCAUGACAUUAGUGGAGAAAGUUCUGCAUUUCCUGAAAUUAGAAUAGAAACGUACACAAAUCAAGAGGCCAGGGGUGAAACAUCUGCCUACCCAGAAAUCAGCAUAGAAACUUCGACGGUCCAUGAAAUCAGUGGGGACAUGUCUUCCUUUCCUGAAAUUAGCAUAGAAACUUCGACAGUCCAUGAAACUAGUGGUGAAAUACCUGCAUUUCCUGAAAUCAGAAUAGAAACUUCUACAGUCCAUGAUGUCAGUGGGGAGACAUCUGSGUUCUCUGAGUUUAGCAUAGAAACACCAACAGGUCAAGAAGCCAGGGGUGAAACAUCUGCCUAUCCUGAAAUUUUCAUAGAAACAUCCACGGUUCAAGAAUUAAGUGGGGAAACCUCUGCGUUCCCUGAAAUUAGAACAGGAACACCCACAAGUCAAGAAGCCCGAGGUGAAAYAUUUCCUGAGAUCACCAUAGAAGCAUCCACAGUCCACGAAACCAGUGGGGAACCAUCUGCUUUGCCUGCUGCUGACAUCCAAACAGCUGCCACAUCUUUGUCCAGUGGGGAGCCUUUUGGUACUCAGGAGGAGAGGGAGAUUCCUGACGCAACAUCUGGGGCUGUGACACACUCAAUCGCAAGCAUUUCAGGGGAAACCUCUGUCCCAGACGUUGUAAUUAGCACCAGGACUCCAGAUGUUGAAGCRACACAGGGGCUCAGGAGCCCUGAAGAGGCUCAGCUUGAAAUAGAACCUUCCCCUCCUGCGGUGUCAGGACGAGAGACGGAGGCAGCUGUUGCUCCAGACAAUCCCCAUCUGCUGGCCACCACCACUGCUGCCCUGCCUCAAGCCUCACAAGAAGCAAUUGACGCAUUAGGACCCACUUCAGAAGACACCGAUGUGUGCCACUCAAGCCCCUGUGUGAACGGAGCCACCUGCGUUGAUGGCAUCGACUCUUUCAAAUGCUUUUGCCUUCCCAGCUACGGAGGGGACCUGUGUGAGAUCGACUUGGAAAACUGUGAGGAAGGCUGGACCAAGUUCCAGGGCCACUGCUACCGRCACUUUGAAGAGAGGGAGACUUGGAUGGAUGCAGAGAGCAGAUGCCGACAACACCAAGCCCACCUGAGCAGUAUCAUCACCCCAGAGGAGCAAGAAUUCGUGAACAGCCAUGCACAGGAUUACCAAUGGAUCGGCCUCAGUGACAGAGCUGUGGAGAACGACUUCCGCUGGUCCGACGGGCACUCCCUGCAAUACGAGAACUGGCGGCCCAACCAACCCGAUAACUUCUUCUCGGCGGGCGAGGACUGYGUCGUGAUGAUCUGGCACGAGAAGGGCGAAUGGAACGAUGUCCCCUGCAACUAUCACCUGCCUUUCACCUGCAAGAAAGGAACAGUGGCCUGUGGGGACCCCCCCGUGGUGGAGAACGCCAGGACCUUCGGUCGGAAGAAGGAACGCUAYGAAAUAAACUCCAUGGUGCGGUACCAGUGCGAGCAGGGCUUCAUCCAGCGCCACGUGCCCACGAUUCGGUGCCAGCCCAGCGGGCASUGGGAGGAGCCACGGAUAUCCUGCCUAAACCCCUCCAGCUACCAGCGCAGGCUAUACAAGAGAAGCCCCAGGAGCCGGUCGAAACCCAGCGGCAGCGCCGUCCACAGACCCACCCAUUAGAGCGGGGCGAGAGACCGAGGGGGAACGCGAGAAAGAGAGAUUUUUAACGGAACACUUAUAUU